AUGGCGACAGUCUCUCAGUGUACACACCUCGCCCUUCUUAUUCUGUUGAUUCAUUUCCUGACUGCAUCACCUGCCACCCAAGAUGACCUUGUAAUCAAGACUAGGCAUGGGGCAGUUCAAGGGAAGUUGCUUUCAGUGCUGGGUGGUCAUGUUAGAGCAUUUCUUGGAAUUCCUUAUGGAAAACCACCUUUGGGCAAACUGAGAUUCAGAGCCCCAGAGCCAGUAGAGGGAUGGGAAGGGGUGAGGGAUGCCACCAAAUUCCCAAAUUGCUGCUACCAGAUGCCAGAUACAGCCUAUCCAGGGUUCAAGGGUGCAGAGAUGUGGAACCCAAACACUCCUUUGAGUGAGGAUUGUCUAUACCUAAAUGUCUGGUCCCCACGUUUCAACAAAACCCAGCCUCAGAACUCAGCACUGGCUCCUGUCCUUGUCUGGAUCUAUGGAGGCGGGUUUGCUUUAGGAACGUCCUCUCUGGACAUUUAUGAUGGUCGCUUCUUGAGUAUAUCUGAAGGUGUUGUUGUGGUCUCAAUGAAUUACAGACUAGGACCUUUUGGUUUCCUGUCUCUUCCUGACAACAAGAACAUCCGGGGAAAUGCAGGCCUACUGGACCAGCGCUUGGCCCUCCAAUGGGUAGCCAAUAAUAUUGCUGCUUUUGGAGGUGAUUCUUUAAAGGUGACUCUGUUUGGCGAGAGUGCUGGAUCAGCAUCUGUGGGCUUCCACCUGCUCUCCCCAGGCAGUCAUGGUCUUUUUCAAAGGGCCGUGAUGCAGAGUGGCUCUCCUAAUGCACCCUGGGCGACAAUCAGCCAGACUGAGGCCUGGCAAAGGUCCAUGAAGCUGGCGACGUUACUCGGGUGUCCCACCUCUAAUCCAGCUCACCUGGAAACGUGUCUACAGCAGGCUGAUCCUGAGAAAAUCACAUUGAACCAAUAUUAUGUUUUCACACAGCCCACAAUGUUAGCCUUUUUCUUUGUCCCACAUGUUGAUGGGGACUUCAUACCAGAUACAGUUGAAGUGUUGCUGAGGACCAGUAAACUCCCAAAGAAAGAGGUACUACUUGGCUUAAACAAGGACGAAGGGACCUCCUUCCUAAUGUAUGGAGUGCCUGGAUUUAACAUCACGGGUCAGAGUCUCAUCACCAGGAAUGACUUCCUGACUGGAGUGAACCUUGACAUGACAGAUGCAGAUGAUGUCAUAAAAGAAGCGGCCAUUUUCCAAUACACUGAUUGGACUGAUGAGAAUAACAAGAUGAAAAAUCGUGAUUCGCUGGGAACUCUGGUCGGGGACCAUCAGUUGGUUUGUCCAGUGCUGGAGUUCAUUCACAUGUACUCACAACAUGGUGGAAAGAGUUUCCUUUAUUUAUUUGACCACCAGUCGUCCAUCAAUCCUUGGCCAGAAUGGAUGGGCGUUAUGCACGGCUAUGAGAUAGAAUUUGUCUUUGGGAUGCCUCUGGAUGCAUCCCUGGGAUACACGAAGAAUGAAGUAAACAUGACCAAGAAGAUCAUGAAACACUGGGGCAACUUUGCCCGGACAGGGAAUCCAGAAAUUGAUGGCGCUAACUGGCCCGUGUUCACCCCAGAACAGCAGGAGUAUGUCACUCUGAACUACAACCACCCAGAACAAAAGAGGAUGAUGAGAGCUAAAGAAUGUCACUUCUGGAACAAAUUGAUGCCAAAAAUACAGAAAGUCUCAGAUGAUCUGCUGUCUUGCAUUAAGGCAAAUGGGAUUACUCUCCACUGCAAUUACAAGAUCCUCCUCAUGUUAUUGGUUAUAAGUUUGACCUAUUGAUAGAGUUAAGAAACUUUCCCUGGCUGGGCUGUUUUAUAUAGAUAUAUGCAACAGUUUACAUUAAAAAUGUGGACAGAAAGAAUUAACAAAACUUGGUCUUUACUAUUAUUGUAAGCAUUAUCUGUGAUUACUGAAUAUUUAUAUUUUCUAAGACAUUUUUAACUAGAUUGAGUGUGUGCUUUAGUUACAGAAAUGCUACAUGUAAAUACUUUAUAUCAUGUGUAUUUAGGCACCCAAAGUGAUCCAGAAACAAGCAGGCAGGGAAAACUUCCUGUUUGUUGCAAAUGUUCCUACAAUAAACAGCACUGAGUUGUUUCUAUCAGAGAUGCAGCUGCUCUAAUUUAAUGAUAGCUACAUGCUCCUGAGCUCUGCAGGAACAAUAUUUUAUGAUGCUAAAAUUUGAACUGUCAUCAUGGAGCAAGCUCUGUUUCUUUGCAGGUACUGGUACUGCACAAUUGCCAACAACAAAAAAGUGGCUUUUGUUAUUACAAAAAUUAUGAAAAUCUGUUUUCUGAUCACUACUAAAAGUUCAGCUUCUAUUUGUUUAUGCCUUUCUGUGUGCACAUAAAUGGUGUUUACAGUAAACACAGACUAAUUGAAAAAUUUGAGUGCAAUUGCAUUGGAGACAUUUUAGAUUAGUUUGUGACUAUAAUGUAGUUGACUCCAAACUGUCAGAUGUUGGAAUUUGACAAAUAGAUUUUCAACGUACAGAUAAUUCACUAUUUCCUAAUUAUAAAAAAUCUAGUACUAUGUCAUCACAAUCAGGGAUGCUCUGCAUUUGUAAUGAUGUAUUGUCUAUUGUAUUGAUCAGUAAAGACCAGAACAUAUAGUGAUCAUUAAAUAUGUUGAUAGAAGGGUUAAUGAACAAUGGGGUAUGCUUUAAAUCAAUAAAUUGAUUUAUAUGUA